UUCGAAGUGCAAAGACUGUAUUCGGAUUUUGAAUACCGUGCGAUCGAAUAAACCGUUCAAUCAGUGUAUUUAGAAGAAAAUUUUAUUUGUUAUUUAAAAUAAACAAAAACACUGUUCACUAUAUUUCGCAUUAGAACCGUGUUUUUAUUGUGUAUUAUUUUUGGUGAUUUUUGUUGGAAAACAAUACCAGAUAUUGGAUUAGCAGCGAUCUGAACUUCAGAUCAUUUUCACCCUUUUUCGAGUUUUAUUUAAAAAAAAAAUUCCGCAAUAAUGAACGUGUGUAUUGCCCUCGUCGGGCUUUUCCUUAUCGGAGCCCAAUGUGCCGAAAAAGAAGAUUUCGAAAAAAUCGUCGCCAACAGCAAUGUGUUCGGUAAAGGCGAUGACAAAUUCUGGUGGAUGUCCCAAGGCUCACCAUUCAAACGUGCUGCUGCAUACCAUGCUGCACCACAACAACAAUUCAACUUUGAUGCUAACCCAUUCUUGCGCAGCAACAGACAAGCUGCUUCCAAUGCAAAAUUGUACAGUGCACCUGGAUACUUGCCACCAGAACCACAAAAGCCACAAACUGUUCCAUGCCAAGGAAAUGGUCGCGUCUGUGUACCAAAAUACCAAUGCCAGGGCGGUUCAGUUGAUGCUAGCCAAGUGAGCGGACAAAAUAGCCAGGAAUGUAAUGUUGAUUCAGAAGUUUGCUGCCAAGUUCGUCAGCCAACACCAGCACCAACUCGUCCAACACCACCACCAUCCCGUCCAACCUAUAUUCCACCAGCACCGCCAACCCCUGCACGUCAAUUGCCAACACCAUGCAAUGACCGUAACUCAGUCUGUGCACCAGCCAACCAAUGUUACAAUGGAGCCGUUUCACGUGGCAGCCCAUAUGCAUCUCGCGCCCCGGCUUCUCAAUGUUUGGCACCAGAAGUUUGCUGCCGUGUUCCAGAAGAACCAAGACCAAAUCCAAGCGUAACUGUUGUUUCAUACCAACCAAGCCCAACCACACCACGUCCAGUUGUGAUUACCAAGAGCCCACCACGUGUUAACAAUGCAUAUCUUCCACCACAAGACAAUCAAGUUGGACAAGGAUCAAACCAAGUUGGCGUGGUUAAUAAUUACUUGCCACCACCAUCUGGCGGCGAAGACCAAAAAUCACCAUCAAUCCCAGACUACUCUGGUAGCUCAAGCAAUAACCGACCAACAAUCAAUCAACAAGAUGCCGCACCACAAUUGCCACCAACCGCAUGUCCAGCUGCCACCAAUUGUACCGAUAUUCAAUACUGUGCUGCUGACGGUACAAUGUCAACCUCACCAGUUACAUUGACGUCAGAACAAGAAACAUAUCGCGUACCAUUGAGCCCAUGCCGCGAUGAAUCGAAAGGAAUAAGCCAAGGUGUCUGCUGCCGUGAUCCAAACUACACCGAUCCAUGGCCAACCGAUCUUUUGCGAACUGGCGCAUUCGAUGCAAAUGCUCUCGCUCAAGCAUUCGAUGACGGACAAUAUCGACCAAACAACGGCAACAACGGCAAUGGACGUAAUCAAAGAGGUGAAGCACUGAAAAGUCCAAAAAUCAAUCCAAUCAAUCCAAUCCAUCCAAUCCAUACUGCAUCUAGCGAACAAACCAAACAAUACACAAAUGCACCUUUCAUUACAAACGCAAUUCCGAACAAUAAUCAACCAAUAAAAACCUCUGUUUCACAGCAAUCGCCAAAUCCCAAUAAAUUCCAACCAAAUCAACAAACAUUCAGUACCCCCUCUCAGUUUAACACACCAACACAGCAACAGCCACACUCCAAACAGCCACAAUUCGUUCCUCAAAAUCAACAGGCAUUCUCUCAACCGCCGUACGCUCAAGCAUCAACAAAUCAAAAAUUCGCUACAACACCAAGCUUCCCAACACCACCACCGGUGAGCCAACAAUAUAAAGAACCAGGACAACCAAGCACACCAGCCAUUCAACAACAACAAACCUAUCAACCAAAUCAACCUCAAACAUACCCACCUCAAUCACAAUCACGAGGUUUUACACCUGAUCAACCAUCAGCGUUCCAACAGCCACAACAACCACAAAAACCAAAUCAACAUUUCCAACCGCCACAGCAACAAGCAUUCACACCGGCCCAACCAUCAUUUACCACAACACAAAAUUUCCAACCGCAACAACCUCAAGCAUUCCAACCACAAUCGCAACCACAACAACCAGCAUUCCAACCAAGCACACCAUCACAAAAUCCAUUCCAAACAAGCGCUCCAGUCCAUGGAAAUCAAAUUGGAACAUGCGCUGUUCGUGACCAACUUGGAUUACCACGUGGAAAUGCACCAAACGAAGCCGCUUUCGGAGAAUUCCCAUGGCAAGCAAUGAUCUUGAGAGAAUCGACCAAAACAAUUCUUUGCGGUGGUGCCAUUAUUGAUCGUAAUGUUGUUGCAACCGCUGCACAUUGUGUUGAUGGACUUCGUACACACGAUGUAUUGAUCAAGGCCGGUGAAUGGAAAUUGGGUAGCACCGAAGAACCAAAACCAUUCCAAACAGUUCGCGUUAAGCAAAUCACAAUGCAUCCAGCUUAUCAACCAACCAAUUUGGAAAGCGACGUUGCUCUAUUGCAUUUGGAAAAUGACUUGAAAUACGACAAACAUAUUGGCCCAAUUUGCGUCGAUGAAUCUGAAUUGGAACCAACACAAGGUUCAGAUGAAGAGUGCGUCACCUCUGGUUGGGGCAAAGAACAAAUCAAAUAUCACGUUGCCGGUUCACUACCUCAUUCAGUUGCAAUCAACCCAUUGUCAGCUGACGAAUGUCAAUCGUCAUUGGGAACAUUCAAUGCAAAUACAGCUGUAUGCGGUCGUGCUCAAGGAAAUCCAUGUGAGGUUGAUAAUGGUAGUGCUUUGGCUUGUACACGUGGCAAUGGACGCUACUUGUUGAAGGGUAUCUACUCUGGUGAAACUGGAUGUGGUCCAAAUCAAGUCAUGUCAUUCACAAAAAUGGAUGUUGACUUUAUCAAGGGCGGUAGCGCUCAAAAAUCACUUCCAAUCCAACCAAACACACGUGGUUCAUUCAAUGCACUACAACAAGAACAAACAAAAGCUGCAUUCACAGCGUCAGCACGUGGUUUGAAAAAGUACCUACCACCAAAUUAAAAACAAAUCAACAACCAUAAUGUAGCAAAGAAUUUAACCAACAAAUCAAAUUGUUAAUCAUCGAGCGAACAUUCUCAUUUGAAAAAAAAAAAAUUAAAAUCAAUUCCAUGAAAGCAUCAAAAGCGAUUCGAAUCUAUUCAUCCAAUGAGAUUCUUUUCCGGUUUGUGCUGUUCACGCAUUUUUUUCACGAAACACAACCACAAUCAAAUUUAUAUAUUUCAGCUUAAGAUUUUGUUUUUCAAAUAUUUGAAUAUCAAAAUUAAAUUAGUGCGUCAUCACACACUCACACCAAUCCAUAAUAACGGUUCAAACACAUGAGGAAGGGAGAAGUAGCAAUGCCAGAUUAUUACUUUAAAAAAAACAAAUAACAACACCAUCGAGGGAAGUUCUAUAAUUUAAUUAUAAUUUGUAAUUAAAUUAUUAGGUCAAAAUGCAUGAUACUUGCUAAAGAGAAACAUAAAAUUAUAGACAAAACGAACUGAGAUAACGAUAAUCAAGAACAUAGAAUUUUCUUCUUUCUACAAAAAAAAAACAAACGAAAGCACACAAAACGCUAAAAUUAAUAAAAUCACCCCUUUUAUUGCCAUCGUCCUUUUGACGAACAAAAAAAAA